CCAAGCAGAUCUUCUGCCUGCUGGGUAGCCUGGACUGCAGAUCUCGGCUUCUGGGCUCAGCCAGGUACCAUGGGGAGGAAGAAAAUCCAGAUUUCGCGAAUUCUGGACCAAAGGAACCGGCAGGUGACCUUCACGAAGCGGAAGUUCGGGCUGAUGAAGAAGGCGUACGAGCUGAGCGUGCUGUGCGACUGCGAGAUCGCGCUCAUCAUCUUCAACAGCGCGCACCGCCUCUUCCAGUACGCCAGCUCCGACAUGGACCGCGUGCUGCUGCGCUACACCGAGUACAGCGAACCGCACGAGAGCCGCACCAAUGCCGACAUCCUGCAGACACUGAAGCGGAGGGGCCUGGAGGGCCCAGAGCUGGGGCCUGAUGAAGGGCCUGAGGGGCCAGGGGAGAAGCUGCCCAGGCCGGCCGGGGAUGGAGGGGACCCGGCCUUGCCCCGGCCCCGGCUCUACCCGGCGGCCCCCGCGAUGACCGGCCCCGACGCGGUGUUCGGGGCGCUGCCCCCUCCGGGCUGGGUGACGGCGGCCUGGGGACCCCCAGGCCUGGGGCACCCUCUUUUCCCAUCCAGCCACCUUGGCGGCAAGACGCCGCCGCCCCUGUUCCUGGCGGCGGAGCGGAGGCCGGGACCGCUGGGCCCCUCGAGAAGCCUCUACAGCAGCCUGCAGAGCCCCGGCGCCGCCGCCGCGCCCGGACCCCCGCUGGGGGGCUUCCCGUUCCUCCCCGCGGACAUCAACCCCCAGGCAGCCUCGGGGUACCCGCACCACAGCCAUGUGCGCCCUCAGGUGGACCCACUCCCUGGUAGAAACAGGAUUGGAAGACGCAGCCCCUCGGAGCCUCAGCGCCUCCAGGCUCUCCUGUGUCCUUGGAUCCAGCCCCACCGGAAGCCGAUACUUCCAUUAUGA